AUGAUGUCGCAAUCCGGCUACUCCGUGUCCAACCAAUUUGGGAACCCCAAUGAAGGGGUUGACCCGUCGGACCUUAGCAUGCAGGGCAGUGGAUUCAUGACCUACCCUUUUACCUCACAACAGAAUUUUAACUUCGGAAAUUCGGGUAUUGACACAGACGAGUUGUUGGAUCUGGAGAUUAACGGGCAGAAUGGAAUGCAGCAGAACUACAUGCAAGACCAACACUCGAGCGCUGGAAUGUCCAUGAGUCAUCCGGGUCAGAUGUCCCAGAUGUUUUCCAACACGCCGGAGGGGGCUCCCAUGCACAGCCCUUUCAUGCAUAGCUUCAACUAUGAUCACUUCCGGAACAUGAGCCAACCCGGACAACCUGGCUCUCAUCUCCAGAGUGGAUCCCAUUUCGAACAGAGCUACCUCAGCUCCAAAGGCAGGCCUAGUUUGCAGGCCGUUGACCGCGCAUCGCUCGAUGCACGCAGCCCGAUGACCCCCAAGACCCCUGCCCUUGGUGGAUUGACCCUCGGAACCCCGGAGUCCGGAAGUUUCCCUACCCAGCCCAUUCGGACAGGCCUCCAGCACCGCCACCAGAAGACCCUAUCGAACCAAUGGGACGGCACGCCAGGUAGUGCACAUUCUUUCGUGGAGUCACCGAUUUCUUCUCCAGGCCACCCCUCGCACCAUGCAGGCAUCUCUGAAAUUCUCAAAUCUGGUAAGCAUGCUUCCUUGCCGGCCAAGGUUGAUGCGCACAUGCCGGGCAGUGCCCAGGAUCUGGAGUCUCAGGAGGCGAAGCGACGUCGUCGUCGGGCUUCCCACAAUCUGGUCGAGCGCCGCCGGCGUGACAACAUCAAUGAACGCAUCCAAGAUCUUUCCCAUCUAGUUCCCCAGCAUCGCCUAGAGGACGACAAAGUCCGAAAGCAGCUGGUAAAUAACACAGCAAUGUCUGCCACCGGGGCCCCUUCGAAUGCCGCCACUUCUCUGCUGGCCGGGGGCAAUGGCCGUCGGGCAACUGCUGGUAACAUUACCAUGGGUCUGCCAAUUGAGGAGAAGGAGAAGGGCCCAAACAAAGGUGAUAUUCUCAACGGCGCCGUAGGCUGGAUGCGAGACCUGAUGUGGGCUCUGCAUGUCAAGCUCCAACAGGAGUCGGAGCUGGCAGAGUUGAUCAGCAGCCUUGGAGGCACCUGGCCAUUCGAGCAAACGGAGGAGGAAAAGCGCAUGCGGACCGAAAUUCUGGAUGCGCUGGAGAAGAAUGAUCCUACCUCUUUCAGUUACAGCAGGGCGCCAGGAAGCGGACUCAGAGUGCCAAAGCACACAAAUAUGGCCGGAGACUCCGUGGCGGGCAAUGGAGCUUUGAGUCCACAGAGCCUGAGCCCGCCGUUCAACAGCGGCGGCAGCAGCAACGGCGGAGGCUCCGGGCAGGCUCAGUACUGGAGCAGCUCGGGUCACGCCGGGAUGAGCUUCAAAGAGGAGGAUGAGUAUGCGAUGGAAAUGAAUUAG